CUUGCAUCAGCGUGAACGGCACUCGCCGGCAAAGUUGUCAGCUACUUGUCUCGCUUCAAAGUUUAGAAAAUCGCCACCAUUAAGGCAAAUCGUCAGUCUUACAGCGGAGUAGGUACCAACGGCACCAUGAAGCUGUUCGUAAGCGAAGGCAACCCGCAUUGCCUGAAGGUGUUAGCUGCCUUAGAAGUGACAGGAGUUCAGUGUAGCGUCCAGUAUGUCAACCACGAAGAGAAAGUGGUGCCGUUUCUUAGCCGUCCAGUUUUGCCAGCCCUCCUUCUGCCCAGUGGACUACACCUUUUCAGCUCCAAUGCCAUCUGCCGAUAUCUAUUUGAAGUAAGUGGACAAGAAUCCAGUGAGCUUUGCAACCAGUGGCUUGAAUGGGAGGCCACAGAUCUUCAGCCUGCACUGCUACAGGCUCUUCACAUGGCAGUGCUGCAGGGAAAAGGAUCAGAGGUGUCCAAGGUCCUCCAGGGUCCCCUGAAGUUCUUGGACCAAAGCUUGACCAAGGGGGGCAAGCCAUAUUUAAAUGGGGAUACUGUUUCACUCGCUGAUCUUGUUUUGUGGGCCGCACUGUACCCUGUUUUAUCUGACUCUUCACUAGCAUUGGGUGAACACAAAUCUGUGAAUAGUUGGUUCGACCGUGUGGCUUCUAUACAUAGUUGCCUGUCUGCUGCUCAGAAAGUGCUGCAGGGAAAAGGCCUGCAGGGCAUGAAGAGUUACAUGCAGAGGCAGCCUGCCCCUCAGAGCAACCAGUGCAGAGACACACAGCCGUGCAACAGCAACCCUGCUGAGGGUGAGGAAGGCGAGCGUGAUUUUUCAGAAGAGGAAAUGGAAGCAGCUGCUCUCACCUGGAGUAAGGGUCUGAGCACCAGCCCUGUGGUGACAGACAGACAACACCCUAUUUUGCCACAGGAAGGCAAAAGAAACAUCCUGGUGACCAGUGCUUUGCCUUAUGUCAACAAUGUCCCCCACCUGGGUAACAUCAUUGGCUGUGUCCUCAGUGCUGAUGUCUUCUCCAGGUAUGGCCGCCUGCGAGACUGGAACCUGUUGUUUGUGUGUGGCACAGAUGAGUAUGGCACAGCCACAGAGAACAAGGCCAGAGAGGAGGGCCUGACACCGCAACUGAUCUGUGACAAGUACCACGCUGUUCACUCCAGCAUCUACAAAUGGUUCCAAAUUGACUUUGACUUUUUUGGUAGAACCACCACGGAGAAGCAGACAGAGAUAGCUCAGAAUAUUUUCUGGCGACUCCACAAGAAUGGUUUCCUUGUAGAAGACACAGUUGAGCAACUACGCUGUGAAAAUUGUCAGCGUUUCCUGGCUGACCGCUUCGUAGAAGGCAUCUGUCCUCACUGCAAAUACCCAGAAGCUCGUGGUGAUCAGUGUGACAAGUGUGGGCGGCUCAUCAAUGCUGUGGAGCUCAGGGAACCACAGUGUAAGGUCUGCAGGCAGACUCCUGUCAUCCGCUCCUCCAAACAUCUUUUCCUGGACCUGCCAAAGCUAGAAACUCAGUUGGAGCAGUGGCUGGAGAAAUCAACCAGCACAGGAGAUUGGACAGCAAACGCCAAACAAAUCACUCGCUCCUGGCUAAGAGACGGACUUAAACCACGCUGCAUCACCAGGGACCUGCUUUGGGGAACGCCAGUACCUCACCCUGAUUUUAAAGAGAAGGUGUUCUACGUGUGGUUUGACGCCCCCAUUGGUUAUCUGUCCAUCACUGCCAACUACACCGACAAAUGGGAAAAGUGGUGGAAGAAUCCUCAUCAGGUGGAGCUGUACAACUUCAUGGCCAAAGACAAUGUGCCAUUCCACAGUGUGGUGUUCCCCUGCUCCCUACUGGGAGCCCAGGACAACUACACUCUAGUCAACCACCUUGUUGCCACUGAAUAUCUGAAUUACGAGGACACAAAAUUCUCCAAGAGCCGUGGUGUGGGUGUGUUUGGAGACAUGGCAAAGGACACUGGCAUCCCAGCUGACGUGUGGCGGUUCUACCUUCUGUAUGUGCGUCCAGAGGGACAGGACUCUGCUUUCUCUUGGGCUGACAUGGCUCUAAAGAACAACUCUGAGCUCCUCAAUAACCUGGGCAAUUUCAUCAACAGAGCCGGCAUGUUUGUCGCUAAGUUCUUUGAGGGUUGUGUGCCUGUGAUGGAGCUUCAGCAGGAAGAUAAGAGGCUCCUGGCUCUGGUGGGCUGGGAGCUGCAGCAGUAUAUCCAGCUCAUGGACAAAGUCAAAAUCCGCGAUGCCCUUAAACACAUCCUUAACAUCUCUCGUCAUGGCAACCAAUACAUUCAGGUCAAUGAACCGUGGAAGAAGAUCAAGGGAGGAGACACAGAAAGGCAGCGUGCAGGCACCGUGACUGGUGUUUCUGUGAAUAUCGCCUGCUUGCUGUCAGUGAUGCUCAUGCCUUAUAUGCCAGCAGUCAGCCAAACCAUCAGGGAUCAACUCAACGCCCCGCAAUCUUGCGUCAAUACGAUGUUGCAAGGCACUGGCACCUUUGUAUGUUCCCUGUGUGCUGGCCAUCGCAUUGGCACUGUCAGUCCAUUGUUCCAGAAACUGGAGGCGGACCAGAUUGAGGCUUUGAAGAAAAGAUUUGGUGGACAGCAGCCCGAAGAUGAACCAUCUAAAGAGAAGAAGACACCACAGAGCACUGCCAGCCCUCAGCCGGCUGCUGUGCCAGCUACUGCUGCCGCCGAUGAGGUGGCGAUGGUGAACGGAGUGGACCCGGAGAAAGCCAAGCAGCUAACACAGGCUGUGGCUGAGCAGGGGGACAAGGUUCGAGCGCUCAAAGCCCAAAAGGCAGAAAAGGCCGUGAUCACAGCAGAGGUGGCGAAACUGUUGGACCUUAAGAAACAACUGGCUCUUGCAGAAGGGAAGAGCCCUGAGCCUGCACCUCAGAAGGGCAAGAAGAAGUGAGACAGGAAAAAAAGGGAAAGCAAAAAUGAUGGAGGUUAGUCAGAGGAAGGAAAGACUAGAAUGGUUUGAGGUAUGAUAGUGGAGAAUGGGAACAAGAUGUACACUAAGAGAGAGAUGAGGGUAUUAGCUUAAGGCAAAGCCGUGACAGGAUCUAAGACAAUGUGGUAUUGGCACUGAGGACUAAUGAAAUGCUGGAUAGGCCGACGGGGAAAUGAAAACACACAAAGAGAGAGUCAAAUGAAUACAGCUACAGAAUGGAGGGAUUUUUCCAAAUCCCUACACCAAAAGAAACUGAUUUUAUACUCUCCCUGUGAUAAAGUCAGCAUAUGAUAUUAGUGUUGGAAGGUGUGUUGCGCAUCUAAAGAUGUUUUUAUAUCCUCUGGAAAAUUGUGUUUUUGCUUAUUGCUACAAAUACCCUUUUUGGAUCCAUAAAAUAAACUGAUUGAGUUCAACUAAAAAA